AAAUAAACAACAUUUAAACCUCGAAACAAGGACAAAAAAUCACAGUACAAAAGCUCCACCGAAUCAAAACAACAAAAACAAAAUGCAGCAGCUACCAUUUCCCACUGAAAUCAACUCGCCGGAAAACGCAGCCACCACAACCACCACUUUCCAGCUUUUUUGAUUUGAAGAUGAAGUUAGCAUAAACUUAACCUAGCAAUCGAAAAUGGGUAAGAGUAAGAAAAAAAGACAGAAAACGAGUCCUAAUGAUAUUGAUAAUACUAGUGUUCGCGAUGUACUCAACUGUGAUGAUAUCAUGCAUGAGAUUCUACUUCGUGUUCCACCAUCAACUUUGUCCAAAUUAAUCAUUGUAUCCAAAAGAUGGCUCUAUGUUGUUUGCGCGUCGUCGUUUCGCCGUCGAUAUUUGGCUCAAUGGGGUCAAGAUUUUCGACAUUUAGGGUUUUUUGUGUGCAAUUUUUUGUACCUUGGAAGACCUAGAAACGGUGUUUGUCGCCCUUCGUGGGAACCCGCGCUUCCGUUCUUGUCGACUUGUAAAGAGGGUGAUGAUUUUAUGAGGUCUGGAAUGCUUAAAAAGCUUGGUUACUUUAUUGAUUCGGCUAAUGGUGUUAUACUUUCUGGUGUGCAUCCUAAGAUUUAUUAUGUUUAUGAUACAAUGGCGAAGCAACGGUAUCAGCUUCCGGUGCCUCAGCAGUUUUAUAAAACUUUAUGUAUGGCGUUGAUUGUUGAGGAGUAUCUUGAGGGUGAUAUUUGCUAUAAAGUGAUUCGUGCGAAAUGUGAAUCUAAGCUUAGGGAACGGAAUACGGUGUCGAUUGAGACUUACUCGUCGAAAACGGGUAAUUGGAAGCAAUCUACUCUGAUGUGUUCGACAUCUUUUGCGCUGGUCCCGAGGACUGUUGGUAUGGUGGUUGGAGGAGUUGUACAUUGGCUUGCAAUUUGGGGGAAACUUGUCAUUUAUGAUCCACGUCUUGGAGAUAGGAAUGUUGCUUUGGUUAAAUUACCGGCGGGUGUGUUAUCGCAGGAGCACGAGGAGUCUGUUCUUGGGGAGUCGUCGGAUGGGCUUUUGCAGUAUGGUCAGAGCAAUAACUUGGGUUUGGAGAUAUGGGUUCUUGAGAAAGAGCCGGGAGCCGGUCCAUCCACUUACUGCAACUGUACUCAUUUGAAGUACAAAUGGAUUCUGAGGUGGAGAUUGAAUUUCAAAGCAAUAUGGAAGCAAAUACCAACUUUUAGCUUGUAUUUUAAAGAGACUCAGAUAUUGUCUUUUCUUCCUCAGAAUUCUACAUCUGUGUUUAUUAGAGUGGGCUGGAACAUUUUCCUGUGUGAUUUGGAGACCAAAACUGCGGAAGUGGUUAAUUAUCAAGGGAGAGGAGCCUCCAUUUCAUGGGAAUCUAGCAAAGUUGUUCCUUACUUUCUGCCUGCUUGGCCACACUCUUCAUCUGUGUCAGGACAGAAUGGAACAUGAUCUAUGUUACUUCAAAGGCUUGUCUUUUUCAUAUCUAGAUGCAGUUGAUAAUUUCCAUUUUGUUUUCAAUUAGGAUAGAUAAAUGGAAGUGAAAGUAAAGUUUUAGUAUCUUUGUUCUGUUGCAGAAGUCUAGUUAGUUAACCUUCAUUUUGCUAUAUAGAAUCAAUGGUAUGUACUGUUAAUACUAAUAGGCUGCUUGUUAAUCAAGUUCUCUAAAAAUAUUGCUCCUUCGAUCACUGUUCUGUCCAAGUUUUAUUUGCAUAGAAGAAUUGCAGCUGGAAAUAAUUAUACGAA